AUGCGAGAGAAAGAGAAAGAAUAUCUUGAGAAAGCCAAGUUAAGAGCUCAGAAAAACAAUGACCUGAGGGAGCAGGCGAAUCUCUGUAACCGUCUUGGAGAGGUCCUGGCUCGACAUGGUGAGUUCAAGGAUGCAAUCAAAGAGCACCAGCAGGAGCUGCAGUUGUCAGAGGCGCUCGGUGAUGUGAUAGGCCGGGCGAUAGCUAACAGGAAGAUCGGAGAAUGCCUGGCUGAGAUUGGGAACUACGCUGGUGCCCUGAAGCACCAGCACCAACACCUGGAACUGGCCCGUUCAGUCAGCAAUGACAUCGAGGAGCAGCGAGCCUGGGCUACCAUUGGUCGGACGUACCUGUACAUCUAUGAAACAGACCAAUCGUGUGAGUCGCUGAAGGAGGCGGAGAAUGCUUUCCGGAAAAGUUUGGCCAUUGUGGACAAGAGGCUAGAAGGUAAGGCUUCCCGCCAUGAACUGAGUGAGAUGCGAGCCCGACUCUACCUGAACCUCGGCUUCCUCUACGACAGCCUGAAAGAGCCAGAGAAAUGCAACCACUACAUCCGCAAGAGCGUCUUCAUCGCUGAGCAGAACCAUCUGUACGAGGAUCUGUACCGAGCCAAUUUCAACCUGGGCACUAUCCACUGGCGCAAUGGCCAGCACUCCAAGGCUGUGCGCUGUCUGGAAGCUGCAAAGGAGUGUGCCAAGAAAAUGAAUGAAAAGUUUAUGGAGAGCGAGUGCUUCAGCAGCAUCGGACAGGUCUUCCUGAAUCUUGGAGACUUUGUGGCUGCUAAGCGUUCCCUGAAGAAGGCGUUUACACUGGGCUCCCAGCAGCCAGCAGAGCGAGACUCGGUUCAGAAACACCUCAAGAACGCUGUGAAAGGCUGCCGAUUGGAAGAAGCUUUAUCCGAACUGGCAGACAAGGAGCAGCAGCAGCAGCAGGAGUUGUUGGGUCUGUGUGAACAACUCGCGGAUCUCUGCUGUAAGGUGGGAUCCUAUCGUAAGGCCAUCGACUAUUACCAGGCGCAGCUGAAACAUGCCGAGUUGUUGAGGAAGCCUGACCGGGAACUGGCUGUUAUCCAUGUCUCACUAGCAACCACCUUUGCUGACCUGAAGGAUUACCAACAGUCAGUCAGGCACUAUGAAGCUGAGCUGGCACUGCGCAAGGGAAACCCCAAGGAGGAGUGUGAGACCUGGCUAAACAUGGCCCUGGCCAAAGAGGAAGCUGGAGAACAGUACAGCGAGCUAAUGGAAUGUUACCAGCAUGCACUGCGGAUUGCUGAGCAGGCUCAGCUACACCGACUACAGCUGCGAUCACUGAAGCUCCUUCACUGGGCACAACUGAAGGCGGGGCAGCCUGAGGCCUCUGCCACCCUGGCCCAGUUUGAAGACCUAUCCCAGGCUCAGGGCAGUGAGAGUGGGGAUGAGAGCGAUACAGAGGAAAUGGAGAACAGUGAGCCUCUGGAAGAUAGUGAGCUGGAACUCUCAGAGAGCGAUGACGAUGACUUGGAGGGGUAUGACAAAGCAACCACAGGACGGCGAACGAUUAACCGGUGGAACCGGCGGAAUGAGAAAGGGGAGACCGUGUUACAUCGCGCCUGCAUCGAGGGGAACCUGAAACACGUGCAGUGUCUGGUGGAGAAGGGUCACCCCCUGAAUCCCAGAGAUUACUGCGGCUGGACGCCAUUACACGAAGCCUGUAAUCAUGGCCACCUGGUUGACCAGGACACCAAGCAGCAGUGUAAACACAUCGAGAAACUGCUGGCGAGCAGCUCUGCCAGAGAUUCACAGCCUGUUCAAGUCCUUCAAGAGAGUGAACUGUUUGACUCUGAAAGUUCACAGCCACAGGAGACAAUCGGAGGGUGUGUUACUGCCUCUGUGUCCACUCCUCCUGAGGAACAAGAGAGAGGCUUUCGGCACAAGGACACGGGAGGUCAGUGCCGCAGCAGGCUGGAUUCGAACACAGCUACCGUGACCCAGAGCAGUCUGCUGCGUGCUCGGUUACACAGCGCCGAUGGUACAUCUGAUGGCCCUGGGAAACCCCCAGGGUCCGGUACCCAGAUGACCACUCGCAGUCGGCUGGAUUGGUCUGCUCUCGGGGAGGAGGACUCUUCUGAUGAGGACGUUCCGGUGGAGCGAUGCCAACCAGUGAAGAAACGGCACAGGGCCAUGGGUCAGAGGGCUUCCACUGGCCCAGGAAGGACCAAACCCACCAGUGGCUGGACACCAGCUCUGCUCAACAACUCUGGUUCGAGUCAGGAGGAGGCGAGUGAGUGGCAUUUGCCCAGGACGGGGCGGGAAUGUGAUUUCGAUGCUCCCAGUGUCGGGGCAUCCACUUACCUGCAGGCUAUCCGGAAUUUAGGGAGUGCAAAGUCCAGGAUUUUAUCCCAAACUUUAGCAGUACCGCCCGUUCAUCCGGCAGCCACUAGCAGAAAGUCAGCGUUGAUCCCGGAUAGUGAAUACGUGGAGGACAGCUGGCUGGACGAUGAUCUGGGCAGUAGCCGAGCCAAGAAGAGGCGUCGUGAACAGAGCCAGGCAGGCAGUGUCCCUGAGCGAGAGGAGCCUGCUCUCAGCACUGAAGGAGAUCUCUGUCGGAGCUCACAGCUGCCUGCUUGCCGCGAAAGGGCCACUCUGCAGAAGAAACGAUCAAAGCAACUGCGCAUGACCCAGAUCGUGGACAGGACUGGGCUCAGGAGGACAGGGAACAUCUGCAGCAACAUUGAGAGGGAUACCUCCCAGGUCACCUGUACAACCAGCGAGCCCACAGCAGCCCCCAGCUCACUGGUUUCAACUCAUCAGUUUGCGCCUGUUGCCCCAGCAGCUCCUCCAUCGAUCAGAGUGAGGGUCAGAGUUCAAGAUCAUGUCUUCCUGAUUCCAAUAGCACACAGUGACACUGAAGUACGGACUGUGUCUUGGUUGGCAGAGCAGGCCACUCAGCGACAUUACCAGAUGUGUGGGCUGCGGCCCAGACUCACCCUGAAGAAGGAAGGGGCACUCCUCGCUCCACAGGACCCCAUCAUCCACGUUCUACAAAGCAAUGAGGAGGUACGACCUGCACCACUCUGGUUCCCAGUUGUUGCUGACCUGGAUAUUCCUGCUUCUCUUUCUCUAGCUGUUAACGGUCUGGUGUUAAGGGCCUGUGAGGCCCAGGGGAGCGGGACCUGUUUCCAGCUGUCCAGCCUGUCGCUGAGCAAGGAGCACCUGAGUCCCAUCCUGAGGGCCCUGAAACUGCAGACCCCCACCCACCAGCUGUGCCUGUCUGCCAAUCGCCUGGGUGACGAUACCAUGGGGGAGUUGCUGGCCUGCCUGGUAACCAUGCCCAACCUGAGGGUGCUGGACCUCUCCUCCAAUCAGAUCACACACCAAGGCCUGAGCACGCUCUGUCAGGCCAGCAGUCUCUCCAGGGACCCCCCUUUCCAAAGUCUGGAGGAAUUGAACCUCAGCCUCAAUCCUUUGGGUGAUGGCUGCUCUCAGUCUAUCGCCUCCCUCAUCAGAUCCUGCCCGCUACUGAGCACGCUCAAACUGCAGGCCUGUGGCCUCACAGCCAGGUUCCUGCAGAAUUACCGCCUCCUGCUGGCAGAAGCCCUGAAAGGCGCUGGGCACCUGAAGACUGUCUGCCUGUCGCACAAUGCUCUGGGUUCAGUGGGAACCGGGCUGAUCUUCCAGAGCCUGCCCCACCACACCAUCAGCCACCUGGACAUCGCAGGCGUAAUCAGUGACCACGGUGACGCCUUGGUAAUGGAACAUCUCGCCAGGUACCUGUCCCAGAGUGAUUGCAGUCUGACCCAUCUUAACCUUUCUGGGAAUCGCUUGACUGAUGAUUCUGUCAGAGAUCUGUGCAGAUGCCUGUUACUGUGUCCGUCCCUGGUUUCUCUGGAUGUGUCAGCCAAUUCUGGGAUAACGACAGCGGGUGUGGAGAUGCUGUUUGGUGCAGUGAGAGAGCGGAGCUGUGGAAUGCAGUCCCUGAACGUUUCUGGCUCCUCUGUCCAUGGCCCAUCAAACCUGACCGCCCUUGGGUUGAAGCUUGGUGAGCUGAGGCUGUGUAGCAGCCGACUCAAUAAAUACGAGAAGGAGAGCCUGUUGAGGAGCUGGCAGGAGGGGGCUGUACGUAAGGUUCACACUGUGUCUCACCUGCACAAGUGUCUGAUCAGGGCAGCACCCAACAGCCUCUGUUAAAACACUCACACCCUUUCACACGCGGGUCACUGUUUAUAUGUAACUAACAUAUUUUUAUCUGAUUGUACAAUAUGUAUUAAACGAGAGAUAC